AUGUCAUCUCUUGAGCGAGAACGGUACAUUAAAGUCAUAUUAACAGCUUCUACUGACCCAAAAUUUAAGAACGACUAUGAUGAGUUAAUCAAUCGGCAUAGAAAUAAGUUUUUCUCUGGAAUUCAUGGACGAACGCACUUCCUUACAUGGCAUCGCUAUUUCAUGUUGCUUUACGAGAACCUCCUUCGUCAAGUAGCCUGCAAUUUUACGAUAGCAUACUGGGAUUGGAGUUCAGUGUCUGGAAAUCCAUUCAGCACUGUGAAAAGAGAAAGCCUAUGGCACACCGCGAACUCUGGUUUCGGCGGGAACGGCAUAGGGCCGUAUAGCUGUGUCCAGACAGGACCAUUCAGAGAGGCCAAUUGGAGCAUCGUGCCACUUCCAGCCAAUUCCUUACCAGAGCCAGGUCCUCGGUGUUUAGCACGGAGGUUUAAUGGGAACCCUCCUGACUCUGUGGCAGUUCAAGAAGUCUUACGAAUACCAGCGAGUAACUUCACUGAUUUUGAGCUUAUGCUCCGAGUGAAUCUUCACGACGUUGUGCACUGUUUGAUAGACGGGACCAUGUGCUCGAUAGACUCAGCUGCUGCCCCGGAGUUUUUUCUUCACCACGGAUUUAUUGACAAGAUCUGGGACGAGUGGCAGAAGAAAAGUGACGCUCAUAAGAAUGCCUUCUUUCCUGGUAUCAAAGAGGUUAUGCCAGGAUCUAAAUUGCUACCUCAUCACGUACUCAACCUUUUGUCGCAGCCGGGAGGUGUUCGAGUAGAAUAUCAGUCAUCCAGGAAAGCCGCCAAUUUAUUACCUCUUUUAAGAGGACUAAGUCUCAGUGCUCUUCAUCAUAUUCCACGGAGACAGUUUUCUGGUGUCACUGAAAAGAUAAUAAAGGUAUUCCAUUUAAAGCCAUCUGAAGUGAAACGUGCAAAAGAAUUGGAGAAGCUGUUGCAGCCGUUGUAUUAG